AUGGCAAACGCGUCCUCCGACAUCGUCAACAUGAAGUCCUGUAAGUUGUACAUGGUUUCAAGAGCUUUUUCCUUGAGUCUCGAGAAUUCUUCCAGACUCAGAAGCCGGUCGCCAAGAGAAACAUACGUCUGGAUCUUGAUCUUGGCCACACGCACCUCGUCGUGCUUGUCCUGGAUCUCCUUAGUUGUCGUUUCUUUUGGAACAGCCUCCAGCCACUCCAGCAGUUCCGACACCAGCUCCUUGGCGUUCUUAACCAUCGAGGGUGGACCGUUGGCCACCACCUCGUCGUUUUCCACGUACGCACGGAGAUCGUACAAAGAGGCCUCCAGAGUGUUGAUCAGCUCCUCGCGUUGCAGCUUCUGUUUAUCUUUGUUGGUCAGCGACUUCAGUUUCAAGGCAGACUGGUAUUUGGAAGCUGCUCCCAGGGGCUUGUAG